GGCCAGCAGCGCUGCGCCCUAAUAGUUGAGUUCUUUCCCCCUUCACUUCUUUCUGAGGUUCUGCAUCAUCUGUUUGGGGCCAGAUCAGUGAAGGGAGCUUCGUCAGAGAGGACACAUCCUGCUGUUGGGACGCGGCCUUUGGACGUCGCCUUUCUCGCCCGGUUGCUUGGAUACACCUGCGGGCGGUAUGUGGGUAUGUAAAUAGCCGCCCCCCGCUCUAGCCAAUCACAGCGCGCUCCCAAACGGGGCCGGUUCCCAAAUGGCGAUCAGCUCCCUUCCCUUUAAAAUUGGACCUGCUGCUCACUCUGCUCACUCUGCUCAGACCUGCUGAUCACUCGGUUCACACCUCUGGAGAGUUCGGCAAGUUUCCAGUCAGCCGCCUCUGAAGAGAAGCUCUCAGUAUCGACACACACAGUCAAGUAUGCCUUCAGUACCCUCCACCAAAGACAGCGGAACCUCCAGCCUUGUCUGCCCCUUCACUAACAACAAGGGCUCCAGCAGUGGCGAGGUCAGCGAUGGACCCCCUGAGAUAAACCACCCAGAAAGCAAAGAGAAAGACAAACUGAGCUUUACUGGCGGCAAGGAUGGACCCAUCCAACUGACAAGGGAAAAGGGGGCCACCGAGAGGAAAUGGAUUCGUCCUGACCUGAGGAGCAAGUGCACCUGGAGCUUAGGGGCACCGCACACUGAUUCCCCCCAUACGCACCCACCCAAAACCAAUGCUCCGAGCAUCUUGCCCAACAUCCUUAGACGAAUCGGAGACACACCACUAGUCCGUAUCAACAAGAUCAACAAGACGUUCGGACUCAAGUGUGAGCUGUUGGCAAAAUGUGAGUUCUUCAAUGCGGGCGGCAGCGUAAAGGACAGGAUCAGUCUGCGGAUGGUGGAGGACGCAGAGAGAGCGGGUGUCCUCAAACCUGGAGACACUAUUAUAGAACCCACAUCUGGAAACACUGGUAUCGGUCUUGCUCUGGCUGCUGCAGUUAAAGGCUACCGCUGCAUCAUUGUCAUGCCUGAGAAGAUGAGUUUAGAGAAGGUGGACGUGUUGAGAGCUCUGGGAGCUGAGAUUGUCCGAACUCCCACCAGCGCCCGUUUUGAUUCGCCAGAGUCCCAUGUGGGCGUGGCCUGGCGCCUGAAGAACGAAAUCCCCAACUCGCACAUCCUGGAUCAGUACCGCAAUCCCAGCAACCCCUUAGCUCACUAUGACACCACUGCUGAGGAGAUACUAGAACAGUGCAAUGGGCAAGUGGACAUGGUGGUAGUAGGAGCUGGCACAGGAGGCACAAUCACCGGCAUCGCCCGCAAACUGAAAGAAAAAUGCCCCAACAUUAAGAUCAUUGGUGUGGAUCCAGAAGGGUCGAUCCUGGCUGAGCCGGAGGAGCUGAAUCAGACGGAUAAGACGCAGUACGAGGUGGAGGGCAUUGGCUAUGAUUUCAUCCCAACUGUGCUGGACAGAUCGGUUGUGGACUGCUGGUACAAGUCCAGCGACGAAGAGUCUUUUGCUAUGGCUCGCAUGCUCAUCAGAGACGAGGGGCUGCUAUGUGGUGGUAGCUCAGGGACAGCUAUGGCAGCAGCAGUGAAGGUGGCCAAGGAGCUGAAUGAGGGUCAGCGCUGCGUGGUCAUCCUCCCUGACUCCAUCCGCAACUACAUGUCCAAGUUCCUGAGCGACAAAUGGAUGUUCCAGAAAGGCUUUCUCACAGAGGAAGACAUCAUGGUUACCAAGCCAUGGUGGUGGAAUCUCAGGUUGCAGAGUUUAAACCUCUCUGCUCCUCUCACAGUACUGCCCACAGUAACCUGUCAAAAAACAAUCAAGAUCCUGAAAGAAAAGGGUUUUGACCAGGCGCCAGUUGUGGAUGAGUCUGGGGUGAUUCUUGGCAUGGUGACUCUGGGGAACAUGUUGGCGUCAGUGCUGGCUGGAAAAGUCAAGCCUUCUGACCCUGUCAGCAAAGUGCUCUACAAGCAGUUCAAACAGAUACGUCUGACUGAUAACCUGGGGAAGCUCUCUCGGAUCCUGGAGACGGAUCACUUUGCCCUGGUGGUGCAUGAACAGAUUCAGUAUUUGACAGACGGGUCCAGCAGCCUGAGGCAGAUGGUGUUUGGAGUAGUGACGGCCAUAGACCUGCUCAACUUUGUCACUGCCCGCGAGAAACGAGAGAGAUCGUUGUCUGAAUGCACAGACGAACUGUGAUUAGCCCUCUGUUUGAACACUUCCUGACUCUCAAUCAAUGAUUACAUGUGGUAUGGUGCCUUAUCAUGAGUCUCCUGAGAUAUAUAUAUAUAUAUAUAUAUAUAUAUAUAUAUAUAUAUAUAUAUAUAUAUAUAUUCAGAGAACUCCUCUGUAAAUUCUUCCAGAUUUUAAUUUUGAAAAUGCAAGAACUAGAAUGUAGGAGAGGCAAAUGUUUUGUGCAACAUUGGCAUGUGGACAUGCAACUACAUAUUUUAUGUGAAAAAUUCAUGUUUGCGACCAGAUCCUCUUAAAUCAUCGUGUCUGAAAUGAAUUAAGGCAUAUAGGUAAAAAUAGAGUAAUAUGCAUUCCUUCAUUUCAGUUCCCCUGAAAUGAUGAGUCUAUAUGAGGAAAGUAGGAGAUGCAGGUUGUGGAGGGGAUAUAUAAUGAUGUGCCCCACCGGCUAUAGCUCGUCUAUGGGUUAAGAGUCAUAAGUCAAAAUUAUUCUGUGAACCCAGAAUUUACAACAUUCUGCAGAGCAAGUUUUUUUUUCACAUUGCUUGGUAAUAUAAUUUUUAACGUAAGGAUGUAUAACAUUGAAGCAUCUGAUAUGAUGGCAAACAUCUUCCAAAGGACUUUUAAACACCUUAAGAAACUAAAAGAAGCCAGACUAGAUUUCUCAGAUCAGGGCCUCACAUUGGUUUUAAACCAGUAUUGGGUUAUUAUUGUUGCCUUCAUUAACCAGAUAUGGUGUGUUGAAUCAGGGUUGGAGUUAAACUCUGAAUGAUGGUAGGACCCGGGUUGGGCACCCCCGAUAUCCCUGUUGUAUACUUAAUCUCAAUUCUUCUUUUCGUCCCUUUCCAUUUUGUUGAAAGUCUAGAGGCAGUGUUCCAUAAAUACGAGUAAAUGUCAGCUAAAUUUAGUGUUAUGCGCCUCUGCUGAGGGGAAAAAAAGCCAAAAGCUCUUCAGCUGCACUUAAUUGCUCAUGAGAAUGCAACUGUGCAGAAUGUUGAUUUUUUUUUUUUUUUUUUUUUUUUUUUUCUCUCUCUCUCCAUGAAAUAACCUUGGCUAACAGUUUUUUUCCUUUUUUAUUUAUUUUAAGGAAGUUCCCCUACAGCUAGCUGUGAUGUUUUACACUCCUCUUUGUGCCUGUCAAAGGUCAAACAUGUUGGCUUGACAAGUGUACGACAGAAAGGAUUUUGUAGGAGGUUGUUGUAAGAAAACUCUUGUAAAGAGGCAAUCAAUAAAGAGUAAAUGAAGUUA